AUGGAGCUAUAUGACAUGUUCCAUUCAGUGAUGAAGUACCUGCCCGGACCACAGCAACAGAUCAUCAAGGAUACUCAGAAACUGGAAGACUUCAUGAUCCAGAAAGUGAAGCAGAACAACAGUACCAUGGACCCCAAUGCCCCACGGAACUUCAUUGACUCCUUUCUCAUCCACAUGCAAAAGGAGAAAAAUGUUAAUUCAGAGUUCCACAUGAAGAACCUAGUAAUGACAUCAUUAAGCCUCUUCUUUGCCGGGUCUGAGACAGUCAGCUCCACGCUACGCUAUGGCUUCCUGCUACUCAUGAAGCAUCCAGAUGUGGAGGCCAAGGUCCACGAGGAGAUUGACCGGGUGAUUGGCAGGAACCGACAGCCCCAGUAUGAGGACCAUAUGAAGAUGCCCUACACCCAGGCUGUGAUCAAUGAGAUCCAGAGAUUUUCUAACUUUGCUCCAUUGGGCAUUCCUCGAAGGAUUACCAAGGACACUACCUUCCGUGGCUUCUUCCUCCCCAAGGGCACCGAAGUGUUCCCUGUACUAGGCUCUCUGAUGACAGACCCAAAGUUCUUCCCUAGCUCCAAGGACUUCAACCCAGAGCACUUCCUGGAUGAAAAGGGACAGUUGAAGAAGAACCCUGCAUUUCUGCCCUUUUCUACUGGGAAGCGAUACUGCUUGGGAGACAGCCUGGCUAAGAUGGAGCUCUUCCUGUUCCUCACCACCAUCUUGCAGAACUUCCGUUUCAAGUUCCCAACUAAACUAGAAGACAUCAAUGAGUCCCCCAAACCCUUGGGGUUUACCAGGAUCAUACCAAAGUACACCAUGAGCUUUGUGCCCAUCUGA